GUACUCUGUUUCCACGACGCGUUGUAAAUGUACGCGUUCGGUAAAACGUCGAUUUUUUCCUGAGAAUAGCCCUUCUGUGGCUUCGGAUAAUUGUUCAAAUGUAACAAUAAUAAAGUGAAAUUCGGUAAAUAAUCAAAGUUAAAAUUUGGGCAAGACAUGCCGCUGCAGUGGGCGACAGGUACGUGAAAAUAGACUGAGCGAAGGAUGCUUCAAUCCGUCUCUAAUCGAGACUGGACCAAGAUCCUUCCAUCUCUUCCCAAUUAUUCUUAUCACUCUUAUCGCGAUCGUUAUCUCUGCGAUCGAAAAAGUGAUAAUUAUCCUAACCAACGACGGAAAAAUCGACAAAAUGUUGUCGGAAAUGGUUAGACUCUCUUACCAACACAGAGCAUUCUACUGCUAUGUCAUCCUCAGUGUCUGGAUUUUCCUUCUCGUUGCAGGAAUGUAUAAGUAUAUUGGUGUGGACGAGAAAAGUUCGAUGCAAAAUAGACCAUCGAGUAGCGAAUUAUCGAUAAAGGAAUUUCCAAGAAACCUGAAGCCUGAUGUGAAAACCAAGAAAAUCUUUCGAUUCUGUAAUACUCCCAGCGAUAUUACUCAAGGAAGCGAAGGAAAAGUGGAUGGAAAUUUAACCCUGGGCGGGAUAAUAAUCUUGACUCGACAUGGGGACAGGGGACCAUUGGCUCACGUGCGAAACAUAAGUACCGUAAAUUGUGCCGGAGAUUUUGCCGGAAAUCCGGAUCUAGACACUGUAUACCAAAAUUAUCAAAAUUUUCUACAAAACACAACACUUUAUUCUCGAACGACAUGGGCUCAAUUUCUGGGACCUUUUCAUGGUUUUCCAAUGCUUCCGUCCAGUUCCAGAGACUGCAAACUUGGCCAGCUAACGACUUUAGGCGUGGGCCAACUUCUCAAAAUUGGCCUCAUACUUCGAAAUUCGUAUUACCAAAAACUAAAUUUGGCAAACAGCACCUUAACUUCCAAAGAUGUCGUCGUUUUCAGUACCCGAUAUCGAAGAACUGUCCAGAGUGCUGUUGCACUUCUGUAUGCUUUUUUGGAAAACGAAGGCUUUCAGAAUUUAGCUAAAAUCUCCCUCAGGGAAAGCCAGAGCUACGCAUUCUGUUAUUCGGAUUGCGCCUGCUCUGCCGCUGACAAGUACUUAAAAUUACAUUCCAAGGAAAUAUCGAACCAUCUAAAGUCUCACCCAGCAGUCGCCGAUUUAAUCAAACAAGCCUCGAGCAUUGUCCUAGAAAUGCCAGAACAGACAACAAAUCCAAACACCCUCGUCGAUGCCCUUUUGACCUACGUCUGCCACAACGCGCCACUCCCUUGCAUGGAUUUUGAAUCCCAGAGGCUUUGCGUGAAAGCCGACCACGUAACCGGGAUUUUUGCAUACACGGAAUGGGAGGCUCGUCAACAUGGCAAGAGUCAAUCUCGCCGAAAGCAUGGGCUUCUCAGGGCCUACGGACUUGUUCGCAAUAUCGUUAAUCACAUGUUGCGAAUUAUGUCCGAAAAUAAACCAAAGAUAGUUUUAUAUUCGGGCCACGACCGGACUCUCGAGUACUUAUCCACUGCCUUGGGCAUCUUCGCUGAUCAAGCGCUUUUGCCUCAUUAUGCGUCCAGGUUUAUCAUCGAGGUCUACAAAAUUAAUCCGAAAAACGAGAACCACCUCGCGAGCGACUUUUAUUUCCGCGUGAUCGUAAAUGGAAAGGACUUAACUCAGAAGAUUCGCUUUUGCAAAAACGCUAAUUUCUACAGUGCCAGUUAUGUUGACAGAAAUGAGGAAAACGAACGAACGAAAAGGGAAACGAAAUUGUGUCCAAUUGAAGCGAUUAUCAGGCUUUUGCAUGAUGAUUAUUUUGUUCCUUUUAACACGACGAAUUUUAAGGACGCUUGCUCGAAUCGAAAACAUGGUUAGUGAUCUCUUCGUUGGCUGCACUUUACAUAUCAAGGAAUACAAUUUAGUUACUUUCAAGUAUUAAACGCAGUAUUUCAUGCUUUAUAUCAAUCUCAAUUCGGGACUCGGAUCGACAAAGGCUUUAAAAAAUCCAUAAAAAUUCGCGUGAUACCUUUAAAGAUAAUGAAAAUGGGCCAGAUUGGCGACUUGACCGGAAACCCGGGAAUUCAUUUCAGAUCGCAGUAAAAUUUAAAUCGUCUUUAUUUUAAUAAUUUUGGUCGAUUUAGAAAAGUGGUUUCUACUUUAUCUACAGUCGCGGAGCAUAUAAGUGUGUUUAUUAAGUGUUUUUUUUUACUAGAAAUUUACCUAUUCUAGUA